CCUCAAAUUACGAGAAAUAAUUUGAACAGUCUUAACUGCUAUUUUUAAUUAGGAGUGUUGCGAUAUAAAAUCUUAACAAAAUAUGCAGAAUAAAAGUAUUAUGGGAGCGUCAAAUCGACGUCAUGAUAGGAGAACAAUGGCUGCAUUUGACUUUGCUGUGCCACAAAAUGUUGGUUCAAGAAAAGCACUAUUGGAUAGAUUAUCUGUAUUUUCUACUCAGUCAGUUGACGCUGAUUGCAACAAUACAGAAUUACAACUCCUUUAUGAUGAAUAUUUACAAAAAAUAAUGAUAGAAAAUAUCUUAGAAAAGAAAACACAGAAGAAGAAGAAGUCAUUUUCCUUGCAGCUAACAAAAAUUGCUAAGGAACUUGAUCAUGUUGAAGAAAAAUUAUUUAAACUAGAAACCAGAGAGAGAGAUAUAAUAAAUUUAACUAUGCUGCAGAAUGAUAUAGACAAACAAAUUGCAAAUGCAAAGAAGUCUAUAAAAAGGGAAUAUAUUGAAAAGCUGGAAAAUACUUUAUCUCAAUUACAUUCUUUUCUGCAACGUUUCGAUGUACUUCAAUAUAGCAAUAUAAUUCUUCCUGAAACACCUGAAGAGUGGGAGGAAGCAAUCCAAACAUUAAAAUCUUGCAGUGAUACUUUAAAGUCUAGUGUGUCUAUAAUUGAAUCAAAAACUGAUACAUAUAAAAGUGUUAAUGAUGGCAUUACAAAUUUCUUAAAUAUCCAUAGCACUAUUGAAAAUCUUCACAAAAGGUUAGGAAAAGAAAUUGGCGAGUUACAAGCUCUUGCAUUGAAAAUUGCAUCUUUGGCUUUAGCAUAA